GUUCGACUGCUCGCCGAACACCGUGCCUUCUUUUCAUUUCUCUUCGCGCGCGCAGUGCCGUCGGCCCUGUAGAUUUUGCUGUCCAUCUUUCGAUGUAAUUCGACCGUCUCUAAGGAGCGUCAUAAACGCCCUUCUAAUAGCUCAAAUUUGAGGCCUAGCAUUUGGAGCUCGUCAUCGUAGGUUUCCAGUGUGGAACCAUGGCCAACUCCGUGCGCAAGAUUUGCACGAAAAUCGGAAACGGUCAUCAGUACUUGUUGGGCACUGUCAAAACUUCAGCAUACAGUGGUCACGUCGUGUCAGACACCGUUCAGCAGCACUCGGCCAGAUCCCAGGUUGAGACAAUGUGCAAAAUCAAUUAUGCCGACAAUUUGUUCCGUCAGUCACAACCGUUUCUCAACUACAUUGUUCAACCUGUCAAAAACAAACAGUCCGCAGAAGUAGCUGUCGAAUGGUUUAACAGACACACAAAUCCCAAAAAUGAUGUCUGUUACAGCACUGAGCUUAAACAAGACAAUUCUUCAAAGUCUAAUGAAAAUGACAGCACAUCCGAUUCUAAUGGACUACCAAGUGCAGCACAGCUCGAUCAUGUUUAUAAUAGAUUGGGAGAAGAUUUACCACUAAUGUUUAAACAUAAUUUGGACUAUGCAUUAUAUCAUCCCAGAUUGGUAUUUGAGAAUAAUAUUAGAGGAACAAAGAGUGUAGGCUUGGAAUACUUCAUGACAACAAUUUCUUUACUACGUUUGAUGGGCCAUAUUAAGUAUGCUUUUGUAAAAUUUGAUAUAUUAAAAAUAACCAAACAUCCAGAAGAUGGAACAAUUAAAGUACGCUGGAGAAUCAAAGGUAUAUCAGGAAUGAAAGUGUUCAUGAAGUUUUGGAAAUUCAGACUUUGGAAUUUGGAACAAGUCAUUAAAGAAAAUGUAGAAUCGUGGCAUGAUGGUUUUUCAGUAUUCUAUUUAGGAUCUGAUGGUUUAGUUCAUAAGCUUACUGCAGAUAAAAUGCAACCAGAUAACGACCCAGUAAUCGAGGAUAAAAAUCCACUAGCCACUAAAUUGGCUCUAUUUCUAGGACUAUCACCGCAGUUGGGUAAUUUGGAUUGCUUGAUUUCAUUUGACUCUGAACAGACAAAUGAAUUACUUAAGAUGGUUAUUAUGUCCCUAGAAGAUGUCAUUUAAUAUUAAUGGCAACAUAUCAAAAUACUUCAUGCUGCGUUAAAAAAACCAUUUCGUUUAAUGUUUAUGCCAUUGUAACCUUAUUGCUUGAUAAUAUUUAUAUUAUUUUGUGUUGUUAAUUUAUGUGGCCGUUGUAAAGUUUUGAUCAUUUAUAAAGAAAUGUUUGUUGAAUGUAAGUUAGUGUAAUAAGUAGAUAGUCAAUUAAAUCAAACACUGUUAACUUGUUGUAAUAAAAAGUGAAAUCACAAAAUUGCUUACAGAAAACUAUAGAUAAGUAUUGCAAUUGAUUUUUGUGUAAGCCAAACAUAAAUUAAAUGCCUGAAGAUUUUACCAAAUGUCAUAUAAUAUUCAAUAUUGGGUAUUUAUGUUUCUUCAUUUUUAUAUUUUAUUAAUUUGAUGUUUUUGAGUAAAUAUGGAACUUAUUUGUAGAUACUCAUUCAUUGUUAAUAAACCUGUGUGACCUGAA